GAGACCAGCCUGACGUCUUUUUAGCUUUCCCACUUCCCACACAAACAGGAACAUCACCCUCACCACCCUUCAAAUUGCAAACUUAUAGCUAAUAAGCGUCCAGUUUGAACGGUACAACAAGAUGAUGGAUCCAGCACCAACAGACAGAGGGAUUGAGCUGAAAAGCUCGGUCUCUCAUCAAGAGACCAUGAAUGGAAGACGGAAUCGACGGCGAAACCUCCCUGCGUCGCACACGUACCAAGGAUUUCUAUUUGGUCUGGCUUGGAUCCUUUCUGCGGAUAGACUACCUCUUGUCAGUCCCUUUUCUUCAAGAUCCCAUAGCUACCUUGCUCAUGCCAAAAGUGGAUCCAUUAUGCAUCAAAAGUCAAGACAACUUGUUUAUUCUGCUUUGGAUGAAAAUAUCCAGCAUGACAAUACUUGUAACCCACAGCAACAACAGCAACAACCACCAACAACACCCGCCAACUCCAACACGGAAUUUUCAUUUUUCGACGAAGCCAUUAUUUUUGUACGAGCCGGUCCGGGCGGUCAAGGUGCUUCUACCUAUCGCAAGGGCGUGGGUGGUCAAAACGGUCCACCCGAUGGAGGCAAUGGUGGCCGCGGUGGCAAUGUCAUUUUGCAAGUGGAUGAUUCGCUCAACACAUUGGCGGGUCUCAAUCCUCAAGCAUUUCGACCCAAUUCCUUUGGAGGCAGUGGUGCUGCCGUCAAGAGUCCCAGCUCUGCCAAUAACAACAAUAAUCAACAGCAAUGGACAUCGGUCAAGACAUUUCGUGCUGAACACGGUGCCAAUGGAGAACGACAAUUCAAAAAUGGACGAUACGGACAACACGUCACGGUGCGAUUGCCACCCGGGACGGUGGUACAAGAACAAAUCACUCGUGCGGAUGGGAGUAUCUAUCACAAGAAUUUGGGAUCGGUCACCAUUGACAAUCCAACCAUGAUUGUAGCGCAAGGAGGGGAAGGUGGAGAAGGAUCGGGUGUGGCAUCGGCUGGGCGAGGCGUUCGCCGAAAACGGAUCGGACAGCAAGGGGGCGAAAAAAAGACGCUCAUGUUGACACUCAAAAUUGUAGCCGAUGUUGCAUUGGUGGGAGCGCCGAAUGCUGGAAAGAGCACUUUGUUGGCCGCUGUCACUCGGGCCAAACCAAAGAUUGCCAAUUAUCCUUUCACAACCGUUAUUCCCAACCUGGGAGUCUGGAUCCCUCCAGAAAGUGACUACCGAGAUCAGCCUAUGGAUGGUCGAAGACACACCGAUGGGGCUGGCAGUGAAGGAUUGGCCCUCUGCGAUGUCCCAGGAUUGAUUGAAGGUGCCGCCAAGGGCAUUGGUCUGGGUCACGCCUUUUUGAGGCAUAUUGAACGAUGUCAUGUCAUUCUGCACUUGGUCGAUCCAACCGCACCGGAUCCGCUUGCCAACUUUGACAUGAUCAACCAAGAGAUUACCAAAUAUGGGACGGGACAACUUGCCAAGAUGCCACAAGUGGUUGUCAUUAACAAGAGUGAUGUUUGGGACAAUGGCAACAAUGACAGCGGCGUAGAGCCUACCUUGUCGAAAGAAGACCUGGAGGCGCAACUAAGACAAUCCAUGUCCCAUACACGCCUCAUGUGGAUGAGUGCCAAAGAAAAGGAUGGCGUGGAUGACUUGAUGAUACGGCUCGAAAGUUUUGUCAAGAAAGUCAAAAAGUCCAAGGAGGAAACCACUAAAGCGGAGGAGGCCACACCUUGACAACCGGAUGCAAAACUUGUGGUUUAGUUAGUUGUAUGCUACUCCUUGAGAUUGAUUGAUCGAUUUUUCACACGACCAUCUCAUUGCAGGAGACCACUGUUCAACAACAGAAACCAAAAUGUUUCAACAUCCACAACAAACUGCACCAGUAGCGAAAUAAUCACAACUCGUACGCAAUUUAUCUAGAAUCAUGAAUCCGAAACAAACUCUGGCG